CCAUGGUGAUGCGUGACGGGAAGCGUCGGGAGCAGCAGCAGCAGCAGCAGCAUCUGCCAUCCGUGUGCGUACUUUGUUUACAAUACAUUUUUUGUGUCUAUAAAUUGUUGUUCGCUGGUCGAGUUUAAAAGGAAAUUUUAUUUUACAUUUCUACAUUAUAAAAAUCGUAUAGCUCGCAAUACUCGCAUAACAGAAUUUUUUUUUUUUAUUAGGUAUAAGUGAUAUAACAUAUUAUUAUUGCGUCGACAUACUUAAUUUACAACUGUUCUCUACUUCGUACUUAUUAUUUUUGUCAUUAUUGUUCAUUAUUAAUUUCAAUACAAUUAUUUGGUAAAAGGUAUUACCGUUAUUAGCACAAUUUUCUUUUUUAAUUUACAAGUUUUUCGUUCUCAUUUUUAAUACCUAUCAUAACACUAAAUAUUUGUGUUCGUGUUCCGUAUUUUCGAUUUAUGUUCUUUAUUGUCUUGUUGUAAAACAAAAUCGUUCGAAAUGUUCAAAUUGGAUUCAGUUCAGAUGCCUCAACAACUCAGUCAGGCCGCUCACGAUCGUGAAAAAGUAUUUCAAUGGAUUGUUGAAUUGGGCAAUACUGAAACCAGAGAAAAUGCACUUUCCGAGCUCAGCUCAAGACGUGAUAUUAUCCAUGAUCUUGGUCCAAUGAUUUGGCAUACAACAGGCACUAUAGCAGCAUUAUUGUUUGAAAUUGUGUCUACUUAUCAGUUUGUUAACCCUCCAACAAUGUCACUUCAACAAGUGACACGUCUUUGCAAUGCUCUGGCACUCUUACAGUGUGUAGGUGCUCACCCUGAUACUCGUUCUCAGUUCCUUAAGGCCCAGAUACCUCUUUACAUGUAUCCAUUUCUACAUAAUGCCAACAAAUGUCGUAAUUUUGAACAUCUAAGACUUACAAGUUUGGGUGUGAUUGGUGCUUUAGUGAAGACAGAAGAACAAGAAGUUAUUACUUUCCUUUUAACAACUGAAAUUAUUCCAUUGUGUCUACGUAUUAUGGAAACUGGUUUUGAGUUAACUAAAACAUUAUCAACUUUUAUACUGCAAAAAAUACUUAUGGAUGACAAUGGUCUAAGUUACAUUUGUCAAACAUAUGAUCGGUUUUCUCAUGUUGCUCUCAUACUUGGGAAAAUGGUCUUGGCACUUGAAAGAGAACCGUCUACUAGACUACUGAGACAUGUUGUGGGAUGUUAUGUUCGUUUGUCGGAAAACUCAAGAGCUCGUGAAGCACUCCGGCAAUGUUUACCUGAUCAAUUAAAAGAUAUGUCGACAUUUUCUGAUUGUCUUGCCAGAGACCAGACGAUUGCUGCUUGGUUGUUAUUGUUAAAAAAUAAUUUGGAGUCUGUUAUGCCUAUUGACGUAUCUCCUGGUGUUCCAUCACUUGUCAAACCAUAAUAUAAUAGCUUUUAAAAUGUUUAUUUUCAAACAAAACUCACAUGUCUUUUGAUAUAUCAUAUCAAUUUGAUAUUAAUUAGUAGCGAAUGACAAUGUACUUAUCUCUCGACUUUUAUGUGUUACUUGGGUGGGGAGGGGUUUAAAUAAUAAUAAUAAAGUAACUUGAGUCUGACUUA